AUGCAAGAGAAGAAAGCAGUAACCUAUGCUUCAAGGCAACUUAAGGUUCAUGAGAGAAACUAUCCCACUCAUGACCUAGAGUUAGCAGCCAUAGUGUUCGCCUUGAAGAUUUGGAGGCAUUAUCUUUAUGGUGCUCAAUUCCGUGUAUUCAACGAUCAUAAGAGCCUCAAGUAUUUGUUUGACCAGAAGGAGCUGAACAUGAGGGAAGGCAAACGUGGUAGCAGACGCCUUAAGCAGGAAUAUUUGAGAGAGAGGCAGUUGUUGGAUACCAGUUUAAACAAAGUCAGAGAACAACUUGGGUCAGAUGAGGUUAGAGACUUUGCCUUGGGUGAUGAUGAUGUACCAGAACCUCAAGGAGACUUUCUGGUGGCAAGGGAUGAAGAAGGAUGUGGCCUUUUUCGUAUCAGCCUGUUUGACCUAUUAGAAGGCGAAGGUGGAGCACCAGAGGCCUGGUGGGAUUCUACAGCCUUUGGAGAUCCUAGUGUGGAAAUGGGACAACAUCUCUAUGGACUUUGUGACACAUCUUCCACGGACUUUUAG